AGUCAUCCUUCCUGUCCUACAUUUGUGCUCGUCCCCAUCGCAUAGCGCCGUGCGAGAAGCAACAAUAAUCACCUUCGUAGAGUUGCUGUAUCUACUGGCACCUCACCUACCUCCGCAUUCGUCUACCAUGACUUGCACAAGGUACACACUGUCUGAGCACAGAUGGCGAGGCAAGGCGGGCGGCGCAGGACGCUGGGCGUUUGGUGCAGUCAGCACCUGCAGCCUGAUUGCGCAUGAUCUGCCUUACCAGGCUGCCUUACCAGGCUGCCUUCUCUGCCUUAUCGCAUCUAUGUCAUCAUACCUCAACUAUCACGACUGCCGUUCGCGUCUCUGCUUUCACAGACCAGACACCGGGCUGCAACCACUAUGCGGCUUCUCCACUUUGACGCGCCGGACAGACUGAUCUUGACAGACUUCCGCGGCAAGCCGAUUCCGCCCUACGCUAUCCUUUCGCACCGAUGGAGCGACUCUGAGACCCUCAUCGAGGACAUACGCAACGAAAGCUACAAAGAGAGAGAAGAAGGCUACCGGAAGCUCAAGUUCUGCGCUGAGCAAGCGGCUAAGGACGGGCUGCAGUACUUCUGGAUCGACACAUGCUGCAUCGACAGAUGGGACAACAACGAGCGGUCGAAGGCGAUCAACUCGAUGUUCCAGUGGUACCGGAAGGCGGCUCGAUGCUACGUCUUCUUGUCAGACGUAUCGCUGACAGCUGUGACGGAGACGGCCACAGCCCCGUGCAUUGAGUGGGAGGCCUCUUUCUGCAGAAGCCCAUGGUUUACUCGAGGAUGGACGCUGCAAGAGCUGAUCGCGCCAGUAUCGGUCGACUUUUUCUCACGCGAAGGACAACGCAUAGGCGACAAAGCGUCACUCGAACCGCUCAUACACAGUAUCACCAGCAUCCCGCUCACGGCGCUGCGAAACGAACCUCUAGACCAAUUCAGCACAUCUGAACGAGUGACGUGGGCUAAGAAUCGCGCAACAACCGAAGAAGAAGAUAUCGUGUACUGCUUGCUUGGACUGCUUGGCAUCUCUAUGCCUGCGACGUACGGAGAAGGAAAGCAGAGCGCAUUAAGAAGACUGCAGGCCGAAGUUGAGGGAGCUGACUGCACACCGUUGAUUAUACCAUUCUCACGGAACGAGUCUUUCGUUGGUCGCGAAGCGCAGCUUACUGAACUUGAAGCAAAGCUCUUCAGCAACGAUCAGACUACCACCAUGCUAGCAAUACUUGGCCCUGGCGGUACAGGCAAGUCGCAGCUUGCGCUUGAGGUUGCACACAGGACAAGAUUAAACAACAAGAACUGCUUAAUCUUUUGGAUUGAUGCGAGCGACACGGACAGUCUGUACCGGUCUUAUGCAAGCAUCGCGCAGAAGCUGAGUAUCCCUGGCUGUGACGAUGAUCAAGCAGACACAAUGCAGAUCGUCAAACGCUGUGUGGUAGCAAUGAGUGCGCAACAGUGUUUGCUGAUCUACGACAACGUAGAGGGCACCACACUCCAGCCAAGCGGCUUACCUGCAAUACGGGCCGCGGAUUUGGCCGACUUUCUGCCGCAAUCUAAGCUGUGUUCUGUUAUUUUCACAACAACAGAAAGCAACACGACUAAGACGCUUGCUCCACAAAAUGUAGUCGCGCUACGUGAGCUAACGCCAGACACGGCGCUAAGGAUGUUGCAAUCCCUGCAGCAGUACCAAGCACGACUGCACGAGCACAAUCAAGCAGCUCUAGAGCGCAGCAAUGACUUGCGUGAAGGCGAGCAGGGAGAGUCCAGUCUAAGAAAGGCUGUAGCUGCCACACUAUCUCUUUCCAUAGGUCAAGUCCAGCAGAGCAACGCUAUUGCUGCAGAAUAUCUUUACUUUGCUGCGUGCGUAGACCGAAAGGACAUUCCGCUGGGUCUGCUUAAGGCAGCGUCGCCACAGGCCCGUGAAGAUGCGAUUAUAACACUUGACAGGUAUGCGCUCGUCACAAGGCGACCUGCUGAGUCAGCAUUUGAUGUGCAUCGAUUGGUGCACCAAGCCUUACGAGAGCAGCUGCAAGUGCAGGGACGGCUUCACGAAUGCACUCAACGCACAGUCACGCAGCUGCUCCAGGUGUUCCCGAACAGCGAUCACAGUAACAGAAGCAAAUGGAGGCGACUGCUGCCACACGCACAAUAUGCACUGUCGCAUAGUAAGAAGGACGAUAAUCAAGAGAAAACGAAUCUUGCAGAAAAUUGCGCUGAGGCUUUGGUGAGCGAUGGACAAUACAACAGAGCCGAAGAGCUCUGUAUGCAAGUAAUGGAGUCGAGGAGGAGAGUACUGGGUAGCGAGCACCCUGACACGCUUAUCAGCGUCAACAACCUUGGGUCGGUGCUAGAGAGCCAGGGCAAGCACAAGGAAGCAGAGGCGAUGCAUCGACGAGCGCUAGAAGCAAGAGAGAAGACACUUGGGCGCGAGCAUCCUAGCACGCUGGCCAGCAUGAGCAACCUUGGGUUGGUGCUAGAGAGACAGGGCAAGUACGAGGAAGCAGAAGCGAUGCAUCGACGAGCGCUGGAAGGAUCUGAGAAAGUGCUUGGGCGCAAGCAUCCUAACACGCUUACUAGCGUUAACAACCUUGGGUCGGUGCUAGAGAGCCAGGGCAAGUACAAGGAAGCAGAGGCGAUGCAUCAACGAGCGCUAGAAGGGUGCGAGAAGACACUUGGGCGCGAGCAUCCUAGCACGCUGGUCAGCCUUAGCAACCUUGGGGGGCUGCUAGAGAGCCAGGGCAAGCACAAGGAAGCAGAGGCGAUGCAUCAACGAGCGCUAGAAGCAAGAGAGAAGACACUUGGGCGCGAGCACCCUGACACGCUUAUCAGCGUUAACAACCUUGGGUCGGUGCUAGAGAGCCAGGGCAAGCACAAGGAAGCAGAGGUGAUGCAUCGACGAGCGCUAGAAGCAAGAGAGAAGACACUUGGGCGCGAGCACCCUGACACGCUAGCUAGCGUUAGCAACCUUGGGUGGCUGCUAGAGAGCCAGGGCAAGUACAAGGAAGCAGAGGCAAUGCAUCGACGAGCGCUAGAAGCAAGAGAGAAGACACUUGGGCGCGAGCACCCUGACACGCUGGCCAGCGUCAACAACCUUGGGUCGGUGCUUAAGAGCCAGGGCAAGCACAAGGAGGCAGAGGCGAUGCAUCGACGAGCGCUAGAAGCAAGAGAGAAGACACUUGGGCGCGAGCACCCUGACACGCUAGCUAGCAUGAGCAACCUUGGGUUGGUGCUAGAGAGACAGGGCAAGUACGAGGAAGCAGAAGCAAUGCAUCAACGAGCGCUAGAAGCAAGAGAGAAGACACUUGGGCGCGAGCAUCCUAGCACACUAGCUAGCGUCAACAACCUUGGGUUGGCGCUAGACAGCCAGGGCAAGUACAAGGAAGCAGAGGCGAUGCAUCAACGAGCGCUAGAAGGGUGCGAGAAGACACUUGGGCGCGAGCACCCUGACACGCUUAUCAGCGUUAACAACCUUGGGUCGGUGCUAGAGAGCCAGGGUAAGCACAAGGAGUCUCUUGACUUGUACAACAGGGCAUGUGAUGGUAACAGCGUUGUUCUUGGAGAGCAUCACCCAACCACCCAAGCAUGUCGCCAACACCGUAGCAAAGUGCUUGCCUUACAAGAACGGUAGCUAGGUCAUUGGAAGAGAAAGAGCUGCAGGAUAGAUGUGCAUUGUGUAUGUUGUAAUGCAGGUGUGGUGAUGAUGUUCCGAGCUUCCGGAAGAAAAGGCGUCUCGUCACACCGUGCGUCCCGGCACGUAGGGACAGACCUUAGACUAAUAAUAUAUGGCGCAGAUUAGUAGCGGUUGUAAGAUCAUGUAGUUAGAAGGAAUGUUGUUUAUAGCGAUCGAUUGGCGCGCCAAGAAGUGCGCCACAUCUUAACUCUGUUGGGCUAAUUAGUAAAGGGAGGGGUAAUUAAUAAUUAUACGAUA